GAAAACAGGAUCUGUUUCAUUAAUACUAUGUAGAACAUUAUAUUAAUACUAUAUAGAACAUUAAUACUAUGUUCUACUAUAUGGCUCUAUCUGCUUUUAAUGUAUUUUAAUCAGUGUUGUGUAUUAACUUUGAUAGUACUGUCACUGUUCAAUUAUUACCUAUUCACCAAAAAUAUUUCACCAUAUUUUUCUUCUAAAAAAGGGAGAAAAUAAGCAAUACCCUUAUCAAAAGUCCUCUAGACAAUUGUUUAAAAUCCCUGGAAAACCGAAAACUUUCAACUAUCAGCUUUAAUUGAGUAUCUUAACGGUAUUUUUAAUGGAUCUUUCCCAACUAAGCGCUUUCCAGCUGUAUUUAUACUGCAAAGUCCAUAAUGCGCAGCCAGCAUGCAUUUCGGAAUUCUGGCCAUACUGUUUCCAAAAUAUUUACAGAGUACUACAUAGCGAAGACCAUUGUACUGAAAUUUUACCACUCUUGCCCCGCAUAUGGACUCCACUAAAAGCAGAGAAUACCGGAAGUUGUAUUCAAGAACAAGUGAAACUUUCCCUCUUUCUAGUCAAGGAACCGCUCUAGCUUACAUAACUUCCAAUGAAUACCGCAUUUGCAGAGGACGGCCACAAAGAACGUUAUGUUGCUCGUAAUUCUGCGCAACCGCGUCCGUCGCAUUUGGGACGUCAUCCGAAAGAGUCCUACUGGAGUCUUCCUCGUGGGGUGGCGGGGAAGGAGGGAGAGCACAUGUUUUUUCGCUGGGAGUGUGUAGCGAAGAGACCAAAAGGAAGGAAAUGGCAGCGCUUAUCCCCGAGGAGCAACUGCAAGCCGACCGACUCUCUCCAGAGCCGGAACGGGGUGAGCAACUUCAGCAGCUGGAGAACGAGGAAGGGGCUGUCGCCUUAGUGGAAGCUGGAUCUGGGAAGCUGCAAGUAACUGCUUUGGGUAAGAAGCGGAAGGAGGCACCACCUAUUCCCAAAGGAAGGCCUAAAUCUGGGCGGGUAUGGAAAGACCCCGGCAAAAAGCGGUUUUCCCAUAUGAUCCAGGAUAAGCCUUUACAUACUUCUUGGCAACAAAAAAUGAAAAUACGUCAGGAAAAGAAGUUGAUCAAAGAUUUUGCCCAGGAGCUGAAGGAACAAAAACAAAGGGAACGUGAGGAGAAAAAGCAGCGGAGAAGGGAUAACUUAAAAAGAAGACUAGAAAAUGAGAGGAAAGCAGAGGUUGUGCAAGUGAUUCGAAAUCCCUUGAAACUGAAGCGUGCAAAGAAGAAACAUUUGCGGCGCAUUGAGAAGCGAGACACACUGGCCUUGCUGCAGAACUCCAAGGCACAACCUAAAGCAGCCAAGCAAUAAAAGAGCAGAAGUCCCUUUUGUAGCACAUUGAAAGACUUCUUGAAGUGCAAAAGUUGAGAGACAGAAUCUAGUGUACGAAGACACAUUGCUGUAUUACAACUUUUUAUUUGGUUCCUCUUCCAAUCAGCAAUAGGACCUUCCCUGCAAAAUAUGUUCUUGUAUUCCAAUAAUUUCUCAUCUCAUAGCUUUGGUAUUAAAAGAACAAAUGUGGGGAGGACAGCUGGAAUAUUUGUUUGAAAAUGAGGGAAAGCCCUAAAGGAGUUAUUGCAAAAUCUACAGCUUCCGGAUGAUUUGUAAUUUCCAGAAUUUACCUUUCUUCUUUAACCAUGAAAAGAAAAUAAUUUAAAAAAAAACUUACUUUGAGGAAAAAUAUAUGGUUCAUCAAAUCUC